AAACGCCAUUAUGUCCGCCAAACAAUUUUUUUUUAUCCGACCUGCAACCUUUUCAGAAGAAUUGAAGCUUGAUUUCCACUUCAAUAAUUAACGUUAUCCAUUCCUUUUAAAGGAUUGAUUAAGGAUAUUCAGCUUGAUAUUUCAGAUUCAAGUCGUGCUACUGAAUUUUUAAAAACCUAGCAUACUUGCUUUCAUUUAACCUCAUUUGUGAAUGUAACUAUUAGCGGUAACACAGUAAGGAGACCCUGACGGAAAGCUGCUGCUGCUGAACUCUCUUGCUUACGACGAGGAGGAGGAUCUGUCAAAUCUUGGGUUUCGCCUUAAUUUCCAAUUGCAAUCAGAACCAGGUUUGAUUUUCGAGGACAAUCUGCUUCACUUGAAUGUGAUUGUAUUUGGUUGUGGAAAAAGUUGUGUGUCUGAGGUUAGCGAAUUUCCUCCUGGUUUGCUGCUGUACCACCCCUCGUUCUGUACAGACAUCUGAAAUUAUAUUAUUCACAAGAAAGCAAGAAGAAGAAAAACAUGCAAACAACUUCACAGCUUCACUCAAUCUUUUACUACUCCAACAGAAGAAGCUACCUAAAACCUAAUGGGUGGAUAAAGACGAAAUCGUUGAAUUUCAGUCAACUUGGUUUCAGUAGACACUGUCAGAUGUAUAAAUUUACAUCACCUGUUCAACAAACCAAACUUUUUGUGCUGCCCAACAUGGAUGAUGGCAAUCCGUCUGUACCUAUGUCUAUUUUGGAAGAGGACACAAAUACUAACCAUGCACCCAGUUCCGGAGGAGAGAAAUUCUUGAGCAAAUGGUCUCCUCCUAGGUACCUUUGGAGGGGAUUAUCUGUUCUUGUCUUGGCAGGUCAGGUAAUUAUCAGGAGUUUAAUGGGAAAAAUCCACUGGAGAAAUACUCUACAACAGCUGGAGAGAGUUGGGCCGAGAUCAGUUGGGGUCUGUCUCUUGACCUCUGCAUUUGUUGGCAUGGCUUUUACCAUCCAGUUUGUUAGAGAGUUUACUAGAUUAGGACUAAACAGAUCUAUUGGUGGGGUAUUAGCUCUAGCCUUUUCAAGGGAGCUAAGUCCUGUGGUCACAUCAAUUGUGGUUGCUGGGCGUAUCGGCAGUGCUUUUGCUGCAGAGUUGGGAACAAUGCAGGUUUCUGAGCAAAUUGACACAUUAAGGGUUCUCGGAGCAGACCCAGUUGAUUACUUGGUAAUUCCAAGAGUGAUUGCUUCCUGUCUCGCUCUCCCAUUUUUGACUUUGAUGUGUUUCACAGUGGGGAUGGCAUCCAGUGGCCUGCUGGCUGACAGUGUCUAUGGGAUUAGCCUUAACAUUAUAUUGGAUUCAGCUCAGAGAGCUCUAAAUUCAUGGGAUAUAAUUAGUGCAAUGAUCAAGUCAGGGGUUUUUGGUGCCAUCAUAUCUAUAGUGAGCUGUGCUUGGGGGGUUACCACAAUGGGAGGCGCUAAAGGUGUUGGGGAGUCGACAACUUCAGCUGUGGUUAUCUCGCUGGUUGGUAUAUUUAUGGCUGACUUUGCACUCUCAUAUUGCUUCUUCCAGGGAGCUGGAGAUUCUCUGAAGAAUUGCGUAUAAUCAUUCAAGUUCUUUUGUAAGUCAUUUAUGAUAUUCAACUAGGCUUUUCUUCAUGAUUGCUGUUUGAUGGAUAAUGCUUGCACAUAUAACCUGGAAUCAGAUCACUUUUCAUGGUUAGUCAAUCAGUUGUGUUGAAAAGGGAUAAGGAUUCAGACUUUAUGUCAUGUUAAGUGUUUGAUGUUUAUCUUCAAAUGCUAUCAUUUUACUUA